AUUUCUGUCUCUCGCAUAUCGCUCUCGCACAGCCACAACCGCACCAUCCCUACUCACUCCGUCACUCGGGCCUCUCUCUCACAGUCGCUCUCUCCGGCCGUCCGGCGUCUUGAGCCUCUCGACACAGUACACACUCGCGAAGUCCGACACAGUCUCUUCUUCGCGCCUCGACCGCUCGACUCCUCACCUCCGAAGUCCGACCCAAAAGCUCCGGCCGCUCCUCGCCUUGCCUCGACGACCCGCCUCACCUCCGAGGCUCCGACACAAAGGCUCGACGCCCCACCUCCGCCUCGACUCCCUGCCUUUGACUCGACUCCAAUUUCAGAUAUGGUCGAAACCCUGAAUAUCAGAUUUCUGCAUAUUGCAAGUUUUAUGAUGAACAUUUUGCAUUCAACUUCACCUUUCAUCCCACCUAAUCAGUCGGCCCCACUACCGCAACCCUUGGUGAAGUCACCAUCUCUUCAUACCUUUGUUUGCCGUUCCAAGUCUCACCUAUCGAUUUCCAGUUCAAUUAAAUUCCCACAUACUUCAUCAAAAUCCUCACGAGCACUUCAAUUCUCUAUUGACUCUACAGUUCCUUCUAGUUAUCCUGUGACAGAUUUUGUAGUCCAUUUCGAAGAUUUUGUGGAGAAAGAUUGGUCAUUUCUUGAUCCAGACGAAACAAAAGCCGAUCAGGAGCAUAUGAAGAAGAUUGACCGAAUCAUAUCUGCCGGAAAAAUCGAGGAGACCUCAAGGGUUCUGGUUUCAGUUGGUUCUGAAGCCUUUGUGGAUAGAGUGGUUUGCUCAUCGCCUUGUGAACAGCUGUUUGUCAUUCACGACUCUCUUUUAACUUUGGCUUGCAUUAAGGAAAAAUACGAUGAGGUCAAAUGUUGGCAAGGAGAGUUGGUAAAUCCACCUGAGAAAUGGACGAAUUUUGAUGUCGUGUUUCUUUAUUUUCUCCCAGCUUUGCCCUUUGAGCUUGAUCAGGUUCUUGCAGCUCUGGCUGGCCGUUGUUUGCCGGGCGCAAGAGUUGUGAUAAGUCACCAGCAGGGCAGGCAAGUGGCAGAAGAUCAACAAAAGCAAUAUCCAGACAUAGUGGUUUCGAGUCUGCCAGAGAAAAUGACUUUACACAACGCUGCAGCUAAGCGUUCAUUUGAAGUGGUUGAGUUUAUGGAUGAACCUGAUUUUUACCUUGCUGUUUUAAGAUAUAAUGUGGCUUUGGAUAAAUAGACAAUUAGCUACAAUGUAGACGGGUUCUCCCUUUGUUAAAAUGCAAGCAGACCUCAGUAUUCAACGCGACAAUGGAAUGUCAUAUUUUUCAAACGAUUGAUAUCUGAUCUCGUGUGAUUAUUUCAGUAUUCAGAUUUCUUCAUAACUUGUUUCACAUCUUUAUUCUUCUUAACAUUAAUGCAAAAAGUACAUUUUUCU